UAGAUGUUAUGUUAUGUUAAUAAAGAAAAUCUAGAGAGAGAGACACAAGUAGAGAGAGAGAGAGGAUGGGAGAUGAGAGGGUGAAGAACGAAGCAAUGGAGAUUAUGGGUCUGUUUCAGUUGCUGCCUCGCCUCGUCGUCUUCGAUCUCGAUUAUACUCUCUGGCCUUUCUACUGCGAAUGUCGGUCGAAACGGGAUAUGCCGAGAGUGUAUCCUCAUGCGAAGGGCAUUCUCUACGCCCUCAAGGAUAAAGGUGUUAAGAUUGCAAUUGCCUCAAGAUCACCAACUCCUGAUAUAGCUAACACUUUUCUUGAUAAAUUGGGGAUAAAAUCAUUGUUUGUUGCUCAGGAAAUUUUUUCGAGCAGGACUCACAAGAUUGAUCAUUUUCAAAGAAUUAAAAGGAGGACCAACAUUCCAUACACUGAAAUGCUAUUUUUUGAUGACGAGGAUCGCAAUAUAGAGGCAGUUUCUAAUAUCGGUGUUACGAGCAUCUUGGUUGGCAAUGGCGUGAACCUGGGCGCUCUGAGACAGGGGCUGUCCAAGUUUUCACAAAACCAGUCGUGUUCGGAGAGAAUCAAGCAUGGCUCGCGGAACCUAUCGAAAAACUCAAGCUCAUCAGAAACGGAGGAGCAAUAAAAUUCUCCAUCCGUUUUGGGAACUUGAAGAUUAACCUCAGAUUUGAGGUCAUUAUUUGUUUGAUAUGCCUACAAACCGUUUGCAUUAAUGUGUACAUGUAGUUAUGUUCACAUUCUGGAUUUUCAGAUGUAAUACAAACUUUUUAUCAUCUAAAAUGGUCGAAAGUUGGAUUGGGAAA